CACCGGUCCUACACGACCACCAUUUUGUUUGCCGGUCAAAUUGUGAGAUAGUUCUAAAUUGCUUCUCCAAAAACUACAGAAUGGCAGCAAGGAGAGCCGGCCAAAAGGCCAUUGACUGGGCUGCUUUCAUCGAGAGAGUUCCGGCAAACCAGAAAUCUCAGUUUAAUGUUUUGAAAUCAAAGGCGGAGACUUUAAAAACAAGGCUAUCAAUGACACCAGAGCAACCUGCUGCUGUGGACUGGGCAAACUACAAGAAAACUGUUCCUGUUGCCGGACUCGUGGAUAAGUUCCAAAAGCAGUUUGAGUCGUUGAAGGUUCCUUUACCCGAGGACACAGCAUCAGCUAAGAUUGCAUCACAGGCUAAGGAAAUGGAUGUUAUGGCAGCAGAGUUCAAGAUAGGAUCAGACAAACGUAUUGCGGAGUUUCAGUCAGAGGUUGAGAAAUACAAGAGUAUGGUCCCAUAUGAGGACAUGACUGUAGAAGAAUACGAGGAGCUAUUCCCUGAGCUGGAAGAACGCAAGAAGAAGUAUCCAUGGUGGCCCCACUAUGCCGUCUGGGAAUAAAUCAUCAAUUAGACCACUCUCACAAACCACUUAGUAGAUGCAAUAAGAUGAUGCAAACAAUAUUGUAGUCUUCAUGAUACUUACUUCGUUAUUGUACCAGAUAUUGUGAAUUCUUGCUCAUAAAAAACACAUUCUCAUAUAUUCUUUGAAAGUGUUUGUUUAUAUGACUUGAGGCAUUGCAUGGUGAGGUAUCAAUAUAUAUUUGGUUUGCAGUAACACCAUGUGUGUAUCUACUUGC